GCAAUCGACAGUGGAGGUUUCAAGUUUUCGAGUCAAGGUCGCAUCUAGGAGAACGUUCAAAGUCGCCAUGGACUGCAGGGUGAUCAUCUUCGUCUUGUUCGUGUCAAGUUUCUCGCUUGGCAACGCACUGAUAUGCUACAAAUGCACGGCCUCCAGCAGCAACUCGGCAUGCAACUUGCAGGGGAGCGAGACCUGCAAUGGCACGUGCAUAACCACCGUCGGCUCGGUGUUAGGCUAUAGCAGCUACACCAAGUCGUGCAUCACCACCCCCUGCACGCCAACGAACCUCAACUUGUACGUGAGCAACUCGAAAGUCUCCUGCUGCACCACCGACUUGUGCAACGUAUCCGGCUCCCCGCGCCGCGUGGCUUCCAUCAUCGUGGCCACGGCGAUGGCUCUCAUCAGCAGCGCGGUGGGAUUCUAGCAAAGGGCGACAGGCAGAGGUCGCAACCGGGUACCCGAUACCCGUACCCUACCCGAUACCCGGCUACCCGUACCCGGCCGGGUACGGGUAGCCGUUUGCGACCCUGGUGCGGCCGGGUACGGGUAGACCGUGAGUCACUGGUGAGUCACCGUGAUUGUCACUCAUUUCCCAACGUCUUGUCUCUUCUCACAAUUCAAGUUCCUAGAAUCAACCCACCCGCGCCUGCAACAUGGCUUCAUCCCAGAGGUCGCAAUCAGGUACCCGAUACCCGUACACUACCCGUACCCGGCCGGGUAUGGGUAGGGUAC